AUGAUGGCCGUGGUGCGUGGAUGUGGUGGUGGUGAUGAUGAUACUGGCGGUAACCAAGACUCCCCCAUCAGCUCCUCGCAGACUAUGGAGACGGCCAGUCGGUGGCGACCCGAAGAAGGUCUCGCCGCCCUCUCGCAGGCCACCAAGUUCUCACGCAGCGAGCUGAAGCUCAUGUACCGCGGCUUCAAGCAGGAAUGUCCGACGGGGCUCAUGACGGAGCUCGAGUUCCGCGACAUCUACGCCAAGUUUUUCCCCAUGGGAGACUGCUCGCAAUACGCCAAAUACGUGUUCAGCACGCUCGACAAGGAAGGCGACGGCGUCGUGUCCUUUGGCACCGUCAUCCGCGUCCUGUCGCUGCUCUUCCGCGGCUCUGUGCACGACCGUCUCCACUGGCUCUUCAGCCUGUACGACGUGAACAGAGACGGGUUCAUCAGCAGGGCGGACGUGGCCGACGUGGUAGAGUCCAUCUACGGGAUCCUGGGCUCGGGCAACACCGUGCCCCAAGUGGACGAGGCGGGUUGCAGGCAGCACGCAGAGCGGGUUUUUCUGAGGCUGCUGAGCAGAAAUAAUGCAAGCAGCAGCAGCAGCAGCGAAUUCAUCUCGGAGCGGGACUUUGUUGAACACUGUUUGAAGGAUGUUCAGCUCCAAGAGUCUCUGGGCGUGUUUGACGACCCUUGGUGAUGAUGAUCAAUCAAAUCCGUGCUGAUGAACGUGUGCCGAUAAUUCAAGCGAGGGUGCUGCACUUACUAUAGUAGCUCGAACUGAGGAAAGAAAACUGGGGAAGAAAGCAGGCGAGUUUGAAACUUGCUUUGUAUUUCGACUGUGCUUAAUUUGGGAAGAGAAUAUAUAAGUUAGUCGACCGCAAAUAAAUCGAUGGAUGGAUGGGUUGUAUUGUACGAGGGUUGUUUCAUAAGUCUUGCUACCGUUUCAAAUAGUUCCAACAGGGUUCGGUCGAUUAAAUUUUCCUUUUUCCACCCACAUAACCUCGUCGUCGUCACGUGGCAACGCUUUAAUGCUGUCCAACAUACUCUCCGCCAAUUUCAAUGCACUUUUUCAUGCAAUAAAUCCAACUAUGAAAACAGUGGCGCCAGGAAAAUUUCAGUCUGAACUUGAUUUUCCUCGCUUUUUUACUUGUUGGAUUUAUAGCAUGAGAAAGUGCAUUUAAAUGGGCGGAGAGUAGGUUGAACGGGCCUAAAGUUUUGCCGCGUUUGUGGAUAUGCUGCGAGUAAAAAAAAAAAAAAUUUUAUUUUUUCAAAUUGAUCAAACUCUGUUGUGUCUACAGUAUUUUAAAUAGUCGCAAGACUUUUGAAACCACCCUCUUAUUUUAUACAUCGAUCGUAUCGCAAAGAAAGGCAAGUGCAGCGUAUAGAUGCUGCUUGCUAUAUUGGCCCGCCUGUGAUAAGAACAGCAUCAUUAUGUGAAGAAACGAAGAACAACUUUUAAUUUCUCUGUUCAAGGUGCUAGAAUGUUGUAGACAGCAGACGAAGGGUCAUUCAAAUGUUGGUGAAUUUGUUCGUCGCAACGAUGAUCAUUGAUUGAGGGAUAUAUAUAAUGUACAUUAUGCA